AUGGGCAGAAAUGUGUUAAAAUAUGGAGGUAAAUCAGGGAUAUUACCAAAAGUAAGACCAAUUUUCAGAAAACCAAUUCGUCCACCCACCGAAUAUGAACAAGCAAAAGAAGACAGUAUAGAAACUGGGUAUGCCGAGGGUAUUCCUUUACCGAAGAUUAACGGGAAAGAAGUUUCUCGUAAACAACCACCAAAGAAAUAUGUCACUGUUGAACAAAGAAUAAAUCAAAUUAAGUUUCCAGAAUUGACAUUAAAACAAAUGAACGAAUUACCUGCAGAAGAAAGGGAUGCUUAUAAAAGACAAUAUUAUCGUGCACAAUUCUUAAAAGAAGCUUAUUUACAAGAAGAGAAAAGAUUAAAUAGAAUUGAUGAAUUGAAAGAAAAAGUACAUCAACAAAAUUUGGAACGUCAAGCACGUUUGCAACAAGAGGAAAAAUUGGAACAUCAAAAUAAAACCAUCGAGGGAUUACCUACGAUGCAAGCAUUAUUAGAUAAAGGUAUGAUGAGAAGACGAACUAAAGAGGAAAUUGAGUUAUUGAAAGAACAAAGAAAUUUGAAUAGAAAGCUUAAGGAGUUGCAAGACAAAGAAAACCAAGCACAAAAGGUAUUGGAAUUAUACCAUGCUGCUGCUAAUUUCAUCACUACUGAAGAACAGUUGGAAGAGGCCAUUCAUAGAGCAUUUGAAGUGGAUGUUGGUGUAUUUGAAGGAAACCACACCACAAUUGAAGCCAAGUUGGAAAAUAGACUGUUGGGCUAUUUGACUGCUGAAGCUAACGAACAAAAGAUUAAAGAUGCAGUAUUGGGUGAAAUUGAUGGUAAACCAGGAUUACAACAAGUUAAAGAAUUAUUGAGUGGGGAAAGAGAGAAGGUCAAAAGACAAGCUCAAUUGAAUCUUAAAAACAACUAA